UCUUCCAGCUUUUUUUUUAUUUUGUAACGGAUUUUUUGUAAUUUUUUGAAUUUUUGAAUUGUUGUGUGUUCGUCCGUUGGGAAGUUUGACAGGCAAGACUUUUCUCUGCUAUGGCGCAGGGAACAGUAGUGAGGCAAGAACCCCGCCCAGCCGACAUGACUAGCCACAGUGCACCCCAUUAUGUCAUGCCGCCUGCACUCACUGCUGCUCCUGAUGUAUGCGUACCAUAACAGAUGGCGCCCAACGCGGUAGCCUGAGGUCUGGUCAGGUUGACUUGUACAUGAGGCUUCGCCAUCCCGCAAGUCCCAGGGGGGCAUGUGAUUGCUGCCCCUUGCUGCGUUGCGGCGGGAUGAGUGGAGCUGAUUGUGCUGGUUCGGAUAGGUCCUCUUGGCCAGCAACUGAAGGCUUCUCCGAGACUUCACGUCACGUCCUCCGGAGUUUUGAAUUCACCCGGUGAGGCAGUGCUAAACGCACUUAGUUUUUUUAUAGUUUUACCUUUUUAUUUUUCUCCGCUUUUGUCAGUGGUCCGAUAUGUCGGCAUGGGAAUUGUGGAAAAUUUGUCCGCUAAGUGGGGUUUAGUUUAAAUAGUUUUGUAGUAGUUUUUUUUUGCCGAAUAUUUUUUUUGUGUUUGCUUUUUUUUAAAAUUUUUUUUUUUCAGGAAAAAAAAAUUAUACAUAAUUAAAUUUCUCUUAAGGACCCCAGCUCACUCUAUAGGUCUGCGCUGGCGCUCUCGAGCGCCUACGUAUCGCGAUGGAGUGGGCUGGGACUCCAACAACGACUGACUAUCGGGGUCUCAGUCAUCCCACAUGUCUCAGGGGGGCAUGCGUUGGCUGCCCCUUGCUGCAUUGCGGUGGAGUGCACUGAGACCGAAAGAUAGUUCAGCUACUUGUACGCGAAGUCCAGUACACCCUUCAAGUCUGGAGGGGCAUUCCACUAUGCCGGCUUUUCAUUGCGGUUGGGUGUGCUGGACCAGACAGCGACUUUUGUUUUUGUUUGUUGUAUUCGUACCUUAUUUUUCGUAGAUUUUUGUGCCUUCUUAAUGCUGACCUCCCCAGCAUUCCCAUUGACCUUUGAAAAUACAUAUUUCCCAUACUUAAAAAUUAUACCCAACUGAAUUUAUAAAUACACGUAUAUUUAAUUAACCACCAUAUAUGCCUAUUUACUAACUGCAUACGUGUAUUUUGAUUGAUUUUUUUUACCUUUUGCGUAUAUUCAUAUUCAGUACGCGGACUGAAUACAUUUGAUAAUUCGGUUUUUUUUUGUCGCGAUCGGGUUCGGUAAGCGCGCCACUUGGCUUAAACUCGUUUUUUUAAUUUUAUAUAUAUUUUUUUUCGGACGUUCUUUCGGCUUAAGCUAAGAAAGCAAGCCUAAUUUAACUAAGCAAAUUUUCCCGGAUUUUCGGAUUUUGGUUUGAGCUCUGGGAGAGCCAAAUCUUCAGCACCUAUUCUAGACUUAGAAUUAGAACUUGUUUUGACCUCGAGCGUCACAUUUCUUGAUUUCCCAAUUGCAGUUGAUUUGCUGUAUGGAAGAGCAGCAAAGGCUUACGCGCAGUAGCUCGGUGAGAGGUAGCGGCGUUGAGUCAAGAGGGGCCGGGAGAAAUAACACUCCUGCUAUGCCAGCAACUAAUCCUCUGGUGAUUCAUUCACCUAUUGCUGACCAUACGGGAGGAGUUCCGCCUCCAAUUCCGAUGGCCAAUCCCGCUCCGGGACUUAAAGUUGAUAGCCGUCAAAGCUCAAAUUUACUUGACACCUCACCACCUGGGAAUUCGGUUCAGAAUGUUUCCGCUACCUCCAUGACUAUGCUCUCGGGAAGACAGGAAAUUGAUAGGUCUUUGCCAGGGAAUACCGGUUUUGGUGAAGGUAUUGCAGAAGAUAGAAGUAGGCGUUCUAAUAGCGGAGCGCCUGCAGGAGAUUCGUUGGUAGGAGUGCUUCAUCAGCUCUUACGUACUUCGCAAGAAGAAAUGAGAGCUGAAAUGAGAACAAUGCGGUAAAAUAUGAACGCAUUAAGUGCACCCAAUGGCCCUAGGGACUUUGCUUCUAUCGGACGCAAUCCGACACAAGCCACUUUGAAUAACCGACCAAAUUUCACCACUAAUAUUGUCAUUAAGCCACAGGAUUGGAAGGUAUCCUAUGACGGCACCGGUAGCGUUUCAGACUUUCUUUUUAAACUCAAUACGUUGUGUGAGCGCACGCAAUGUACAGAUGAGCAGUUGAUGGCAAGUUUCCACUUAUUUUUGUCAGGGCGAGCUGAGGAAUGGUAUUGGUUGUUCACUAAGCAGAAUCCAGAUGCGACUUAUCUCUUCUUGUGCUAUUCUAUCAAGCGGGAAUUCGGCACCUUAAAGAGUGACCAUGAGAUCAUAAUGGAGAUCUCAAUGCGUCGUCAGAAGGCUAAUGAAUCGUAUGAUACGUUUCAUACAGAUAUAUUAGCCUUGAACGCUAGACUAAAGGAGCCGAUGUCGGAGAACCUGUUGAUGGACAUAUUGAAGAGGAACGUUGACAGCAGCCUGAAGUUGAUGCUUUUCAAUGCUGGUGCGCAGACCCUACAUGACCUACGUGACGUUGCUAGGAAUGGCGAACAGAUCCUGAAGGAAACCAGGAGCUUGGUACCGAACUAUUCUGGACGGCAUGUCAACGAAACCAUGGCUAUUACACCGGAUGAAUGGACAGGAGGAAUGGAUGUAGAAGUGGAUCCACAAGUGGAAGCGCUGAAUUUCCAGAGGACUAGGAAACCGGACUACUCAGGAAUACAGUGCUGGAACUGUGACAAGGUGGGACACUCUUACAUCUAUUGCGAGGAUUCGGAACGUGUUCUGCUUCAAGUGUGGACAGAAGGGGGUGGUCACUCCAAGAUGCCCCAGAGAUCAUCGGAGACAGGGAAACCGGAACCCGAACGAGAAGGCAAUCGGGGAUUCUCGUUCGGCACCCUAGCCCCAGAAGCAGGGAGUACAAGAGCAGCAGCCUCCUGUACUAAAGCAAAGAGUAAGCCAGUCCCAACCAGAACCGUUCGUUUGCAUGGAGAUGUCAGUAGUUCGGAGAGUAAUACCAGUCCCUCGAGGGCUUCACCACGGGUCAUCAUAACUUUCCCAGAUAGUUCCGAAGGUUCUGAUUCCGAGUGUAUGUUUUCUUCUACAGCCAAUCCUCUGCAGGUUCGAAUUCUUAGGCCUUACGUAGGGAGGUCGCAUGCCAGACUCAAUUCCCAGUUAGUUUAGAGCAAAGAGAAAUUGAUUAUGAACGGAUAAGGGCGAAUAUUUUCGAAGAAGAACCAAAACUUGUAGUUUAAGAAAAUAUUCUGCAGUGUAGGAAAAGAUAUUCUAGCCUAGUAAAAAUGCGUAAACUUUUGGAAAGCACUAAAAUUCUUAUAACGCCAGACGAACGACCGCUAGAUUAAAAUACACGAUAGUUUCGUAGUGGGUUUAUUAGAUUCCGGAGCAAACGUUUCCAUUCUUGGAAACGGAUGCGAAGAUUUCCUAAAGAGAAACAAUUUAAAAUAUCAUUCUUUGCGCGCGUUUGUUUACACGGCUGGUGGAAAUCAGCAGAAAAUACUCGGCUCGUUAUCUUUACCGGUCACUUUUAAAAAUAUUACUAUUAGGACUAUUCGCUUUUAUCUUGUACCGUCAUUAAUCCAAGAAGCAUACCUGGGUGAUUUCUGGAAGGCAUUUGCGUUAGCACCCGAUAUAUUCCCAAGCGUUUCCUGUUUAGAUGUUCCAAAUGAGGAUGAGCCAAACUUCCAUCAGCUCACACCAGAUCAGAAGAUAGAAUUGCCAAAGGUUGUUCAGGAGUUUCCCUCGUUCGAAGAGCUAGGACUAGGUCAAACCAGUUUAGUGACUCACCAUAUAGACAAUUAAAAGCAAGCAUUUUCCUCUUUCACCACCCAGGCAGGCGGAAGCCUAUAGCGAAAUUGAAAGGCUACUGAGGAAUCGAAUUCACCGUGGUGUAGUCCAGUGGUACUAGUUCGGAAACCAGGCAAGGUCAGGCUGUGCAUUGACUCCAGGAAGGUGAACGCGGUUACAAAGAAGGACUCGUACCCGUUGCCCCAUAUUAAUGGGUUGUUGAGCAGGUUAAAGGACACAUACUUUAUAAGUGGUAUUGAUUUGAAGGAUGCUUUCUUUCAAAUCAAAUUAACGGAAUCGUCUAAGGAAAAGACGACAUUUGCGGUUCCAGGAAAGCCUUUGUACCACUUUAAAGUAAUGCCCUUUGGCCUGUGCAACGGUCCAGAAACAAUGAGUCGGCUGAUGGAUAAGGCUAUUCCUUCACGGUUACGAGAGAACCUCUUCGUCUACCUGGAUGAUCUGAUGGUGUGCAGCUCAAACUUUGAAGACCAUUUGGAAUUGCUGAUGGAAGUGGCGAAAUGCUUCCGGGAAGCUGGACUUACAAUCAACGUAAAGAAGAGCAAGUUCUGCCAAAGGAAAUUCGGUACUUCGGGUACUUGAUAAGGAAUGGUUGUUUGAAAGUAGACCCAGGCAAGAUUGAUGCGAUAAGGAUUUUCCGAUUCCAAAGUCUUCUCGUCAGGUUCGUAGGUUUAUAGGAAUGGCAAAUUGGUACAGGUCGUUUAUUACCAAUUUUGCAGAUUUGGCGGGUCCCAUGACAGAUUGCCUGCGAAAGUCACCUGGUCCAUUUAAAUUAACUCCUGAGGCAGUUGAAGCAUUUGGAAAGCUUAAAGUUGCACUCUGUUCAGCGCCUGUCCUGGCACAACCAGAUUUUACUAAAUAAUUCGUAAUUCAAUGUGAUGCAUCCAAAAUAGGGGUAGGAGGCGUGUUAUUCCAGCUCGAUGAGGAAGGGGCAGAGCAUCCCAUAGCUUUCGUAUCGAAGAAGCUUAAUAAUGCUCAGCGGAAUUAUACGGUCACCGAGCUGGAAUGCCUCGCCGCAAUAGUUAGCGUCAAGAGUUUCAGACCAUAUAUUGAGGAUUGCCUUUUCGAAUAAUUACUGACCAUUCAAGUCUCAAGGGGCUAAUGACACAAAAAGACUUGAGCGGCAGGCUGGCAAGAUGGUCGCUUCUAUUGCAACGAUACAACUUUAGGAUGGAGCAUCGCAAAGGUUCUUUAAAUGUUGUGCCGGACACCCUUUCGCGUUUUGACGUGGACGAACUCUCUUCUACCCCACCUCUAGAAAUUGGCUUGGCAUCACCGGAAUUCGACGGCGUAAAGUACUCGGAGCUUCGUAAAACAAUUGAAAACAAUCACGAAGGGCUGCCCGAUCUACGCAUAGUCGACAAUAGAGUUUACAAAAGAGUGAUGUUUCGAAGAGGCGUGGAAGAGGAAGAAGAUUCGCUCUGGUGUUUGUGGGCACCGGAAGGGCUGACGGAGCUCGCAAUCAAAUGCUCACAUGAUUCCAAUGCUAGUUACCAUGGAGGUUGGCAAAAGACUUUAGAGCGUGUUCGGCAGAAAUAUUUUUGGCCGCAAAUGGCAAAGGACAUACGCCUCUAUGUAAGCCGUUGCGAAACAUGCAAAGCCGUGAAAGAAACCAAUCAAGUGUCCAGACCACCUAUGGGCAAUGCCUUCGUAUCCGAGAGGCCAUUCCAGCGUCUUUAUUGCGAUUUCUUAGGUCCAUAUCCAGGUUCAAAGCGAAGAAACCAGUUUUUGUUUAUAGUGCUAGACCAUUUUUCCAAAUACGUAUUUUUGAAGGCGAUGCAAAACGCGACGUCGGCAAACGUAAUUAGCUUCUUUAGUACAGAGAUUUUUCCAGCUUUCGGGGUCCCUGAAUUCGUGGUUCGGGAAGCAAUUCAUUUCGAAGGAGAUGCAGCAGUUUUUUGAAAACUAUAGGGUUGUUCACAUUAAGACGGGGUUAUACUCACCGCAGGCUAACGCCUCUGAACGCGUGAACAGAGAGAUUGUUUCGAAAGUUAAAAUAUUCCUGAAAGACAAACAAGAUCACAUGGACUGGGACAAACAUAUUCCCGAAAUUCUGUCGGUUUAAGAAGCGAUUACCAUACGUCGAUUCUGAGCUCGCCAUACUUCGCGUUAUUUGGACAAAAUAUGAUACAACAUGCGUCAGCCUAUAGCAUACUGGAGAAACUGGGUAGCCUAAGACAAGACGAAGUCCCGAUUACAAGCAGAGCUGACAAGCUAGCAAACAUUCGCGAACAUAUACGAAAGAACCUUGAGCUAGCGCAAGACAGAGCAGCGAACACGUACAACAAACGUACGCGAGUUGUGAAUUACCGGGAAGGACAAGAAGUAUUCCGGAAAAACUUCGCUCUUAGCAAUUUUAAGCAAGGCAUAAAUGCUAAAUUCUUGCCUAAAUAUAUCAAGUGUCGCGUUCUGCGAAGGGUAGGCAAUGCUUUGUACGUUUAGAGGACUUGAAUGGCAAACCGAUCGGGAGGUUCCAUGCAUCUGACAUCCGGCCGUGACACUGUCAUCUGUCACGAAGUGCGAUCCGAAGUAAAGCAUUUUUUUUUUUCAAAAUUUAAUAAUCACGUUUUUUCUCAAAUUUAUAUAUAUACACUUUUUUUGCAAUAUUAAACUUAGCGAUAGGGUAAAACCUUGACCGCCCGCAGACUGCCCGGGGUCCAACUCUGCAUGGCUUUUCCUCGAAGCUAAGUCAGGUAGGGCUGUAACUCGCUUCUGUAACUCUUCCCUACCGAUCAUUUCUGUGCUGGUAGAGAAUAUACGUCAUUCAUUACUACUCCUUAGCAGUAAAGAACAAGGCGAGAAUUCAGAUAUAAAUUCGCCCUGGUAGAGAAUUGAGACAGAGACGAGCUACUGGACUAGCCGAGGGGCCGGACUGUGAAAACCGACUAAGUUCGGCAAUUGGGGGGUGGCUAACUCUAGCCAACGAAUGUGAAUAGAGCAUCUUUUUUUUUCUCGUACUGUCCUUUUCACUGGGCGCUUUGGCGGUCGGGGACAAACCGCCCAGUAUCGUCCCCGAGCAUCUAUAUUCAUAGGACGUUCACGCGCGCUCCCACCGGGAGUCGUGAACUGCCUGACAAUCCGCACUCCCAUUAGGAUUGUCUUUUAGGAGUUUUGACGAGUUCUCCUUAUCAAAAUGUCUAAUGCCUUUCGGAGUUUUGACGAGUUCUCCUUAUCAAAAUGUCUAAUGCCUUUUGGAGUUUUGACGAGUUCUCCCUUAAGGAAACAAAAUAAAUAUAUACACGUUUUUCCCAGCCGCCGGACGGCUAUAAACUCGCGGCCAAGAUUCAUUUUCAGGACAGCCUGCCCUGUGUUCUUCUUAGCGGUGUUGAACUAGUGGGGGGCAGGGUUUAAAGACCGAUUAAGUUCGGCACUUUAGGGGGUAGGCUUCUCUGGCCUAAAACAAUAGAGAACCACCGCAACACCGGACUUGAAUUUUUCCCCAGAGAUUACUCGGUAUAAUUCUGACUCAAGCAUUUCGAAAAGAGAGCUAAUUCAACCCACACUUAGUUACGCAGCCGGGAUUGAGUUUCCGAGUCGAAUACGCCAGGCAAACUCUGGUAUAACUUUUAUUUUUUCUUCACUACCAGAAUUACAAAAACCAUCCUGACUUACUGAAACCCCAGAUUGAACCUCUUAAAACAUUAAACUAAUUGUUUUAUGAAUACAAGAAUUACAGGAACCCGACUCAGUAUUAACUAAAUCAGUAGACUUAUAGUUCCGGAGGCUGACUAUACAGAUCUGAUCCACCCAGCAUUACAGGCGAAUACUGACGCGGAAAGUAGUACCGGCGUUACCUUCAGCAGUCCAGUAUCAUAGAACUAAACUUACUAGUCUCCCAAUACUGAGUCGGACGAACCCUAACUGCCACCUGACGUAACUACGGGAUGUUAUUUUUUUUGCACACUUUUUUUUGAGACUAUAUCUCAGGGGUGAGUCGUGCCCCACGUUCUUCUGAUUUUACCACCUAACUCUCUUGCGGACGCCUUGCGAAGACAGUUAACCCUUUUUCCUGUUCGCUUCUGUCACGAGUCGUGAAGUGAAGCAGGUUUGUUAUGGGUUACUGUUCGCCGCACAAAAUAUAAAUACUUUAUUCUUCGGCGUAUAGCGCACCCGGUAGCGUGCCAUAAAUUUCACCAGUUAAUAAUUUUUCCAGAGCGUAAGGCAACACCAAAACUGAA